UAGAUCGAAGGCUUCUCCAACUCUUUGGAUUGAUUCCCAUUUAUUUAUUUAUUCUAUUCCAGGGUAUAGAAGAAAAGACCGGCCAGGUAUAUCUGCCGUGCAACUUGUUACCGCUCCAAGUUGUCAAUCCCGGGGCUUCUAUAUGUAGCGUAUGCCGGUCUUGUUCUCUCUUGGUACUAUCUUUUAGUCGGUUAUUUCCACACAGACGAUAUCAUUUGACUUGCACUAUCCAUUCACGAUACACUGCUGCCGGCUUGGUUCCUGGUUCUCGCUACGGAUGCCUGCCUUGCAACACGCAGAAACUUAUCAUCUGGCCGCUUCCGACCCCGGGCAGAAUCACAUAAAAAUACUCAAACGCACCACGCCCGAAUUGCAUAGAUGUCGAGGACCCCGUUGCAAUGGCACACCGUAUACCCCGACGGUUGGUACUUUGACGGAAGGCGGCGCGUCUCCGAUGACGAGAACCAGAGGAUGGCCUCAACAUCCAAUAACCCUUUCUCGCCAGGACCACACCCGCCCCAGUUCCUUCAUCCCGACAACCGGGGUUACGAUCCGACUAUGAUCAGCCCGUCCCAGCCUCGAUCCUCUGUCUAUGGAAGACCCCGAGAAAGCGCAGCAGAGCCAGAGGUCGCGUUUUCCUCGGGCAGCAUGAAUUCCAUGGCUCCGCACGGUGCGCAGCGCUCGAAUCUUUUCAAAGUGGUGGACUAUGGCGGGGCGCAUGGCUCUUAUGACCACCGUGGUUCCAUAGGGUCUAGCGGGCGAGUGAAUGAUAUGGACUCUCAAUAUAGUAGCAGCUCCACAACCUUUCCGAGUCCAGUGCAUUCAGACAAGAGCAUGGUCCUUUAUCCCCAGAAUGUGCCUUUUGCAAAGCAGCAGCAGCAGCAGCAGCAGCAGCACCAACAACAACAACAUCCACUGCCGCCUCCGCAGCAUUCACCUCCACGCCAUACCACGUCCAGUAUGCCCUUAGGAUUUGAGAAGCUCCUCAAUCACUCUCCAUCUCCCUCCCCACCUCCCUCUCUUCCUCCACCGCGACGGCCAUCCUCAUCCUCGCGCUAUCACCUCCACAUCCGACAACAGCCGCUCGCAGCCCGAGCAUGCGGUGCCGGCGACAGGGAUCGUCGACCCGUCGACCCCCCGCCCAUCAUCCAGAUGCUUCUCACAGACUUCGACCCCCAUUCCGACACCGACUCGGACAUCCUGCAAGAUCCGCGCUUCGCAGUAGGCUGCCUCUUGGUCCCUGUGUCCGGUUCAGCCGACCUAGACGCCGAGCCGGGGGUUCGCGAAAACCGUCUAGCCCAGAGAGACGGAGGUGGAGGAGGCGGACAAACCACGCCCCUUCUCUCCGGCAAAGCAUUCGUCUCUCCAUUCUACGUCGGCGCCGAUCCAGACCCUGAUACCGCACCUGCCCACCCGUCCAGCAUCGAGUCUCUCUACACCACCGCCGCCUCGUCCGCCUCCACAACCAGCACGACAACCACGACUAGAACGACGCCCACAGACCCCCGCCAUCGCCAUACCCAUCAUCAACACCAUCGCCCUCCUCCCCAUCCUAGCUUCCAACCCCCCGCCACUUUCUACAUCUUCUCCGACCUCUCCGUCCGCACGGCGGGUCUGUAUCAGCUGCAGUUUCGGCUCAUGAACUGGGGCGCCGUCGAAGACACCGGUCAAUCCAUGGGCAUUCUCGCUGAGGCCUGGUCCGAUCCGUUUCGCGUCUUCCCGGCUAAAGACUUUCCGGGGAUGCGGGACUCGUCGGCGCUGACGAGGGGGUUGAAGGAGUUGGGGUUUGUGGAACUUAAGACGCGAGGUAGGGGAGAGGGGAAGGGGAGGAGAGCGAGAUAAUCCUUUUCUUUUUCUUUUCCCUCCUUGUUUUCCCUUUGUUUUUGAUUUAGGUAUGAUGGGAUAGGAUGGCAAGGUAGAAGAUGAAGAAGCUAGUUCUUUACAGAUUAGUUACUUAGACAGACAGAGCAGAUUAUAGG